UCGAACUUCCUGGGCAAGUCGAGCGCAAGGAAGUCAGUGCUGCAAAACGUUUUAGUGUGAUUUGUCUCUAUCGAUAACUUUAAGACGAUAACAAAAAGCAGUGCGUUAUAGUUGAUUUCACUAAUUGCAAUUGCAAAGAUAAAAAAACCAAGAAGCGAAAAUGGGUGACGUGGCCAACGACAAAGAUUCGAGAUUUAUAGUUGGUGGUUAUCGUGUAGUGACCAAACUCGGUGCCGGUUCUUUUGGUGACAUCUUCAUGGCCGAGAACAAAGUCACAUCGCAGCGUGUGGCCAUCAAGAUGGAGAGUAAAGGAUGCCCCUAUCCCCAAUUGCAUUUUGAGUAUAAGUUGUACCGCCAUUUAAGUUAUGCCAAGGGAAUACCACGAAUCUAUCAAUUCGCUUCCAUUUCGGGAUACAAUGUGAUGGUGAUGGAGCUGCUGGGUCCAUCGUUGGAGGAGCUGUUUAACUUUUGCUCUCGCCGAUUCUCACUAAAGACAGUGCUCUUGCUGGCAACCCAGAUGAUUGAACGCGUGGAACAUCUUCACAGCGCCAAGUUCAUUCAUCGCGACAUUAAGCCGGAUAAUUUUCUGAUGGGCGAAGACGUAAACAGCGAUCUCGUGUAUCUUAUCGAUUUCGGAUUGGCCAAGAGGUAUUUCGAUGAAACGAAAAAAACUCACAUUAGCUACAAGAGCGGCGGUCGCUUGACAGGAACAGCUCGUUAUGCUUCAAUCAAUGCCCUACGCGGUGGAGAACAAUCCCGUCGUGAUGACAUGGAAGCCUUGGGCUAUGUUUUUAUGUAUUUUCUACGUGGAAACUUGCCAUGGCAAGGCCUGACAGCAUCACCUAAAAAGCAAAAGUAUGAGGCCCUCACCGAAAAGAAGAGUUCAAUCACAUUGGAGGAACUUUGUAAGGGUUUUCCGGAAGAAUUUGCACUUUACCUGGGCUAUUGUAGGUCCCUGGGCUUUGAAGAGACGCCACACUACACACUUAUACGUAGGAGUUUACAUAGUCUGUACACACGUUUGCACUAUGCCCAAGAUAAUAUCUACGAUUGGGUUACCUUAAAGCAGAUUUACACCGGACGAUCCACCGUCAAGGAGCAACAUAACGAGAAUGAGUCUGAAAGUAAAACCAUUUAAGGAUUUAUUUACAUUUGCUAAGAAUUUAUUGUACAAAAUAAUAUUCAACUGACAAGUAGAGAUCUAAAAUGUCAAUUUUCUAUAACAUCUGCCAAAUGCAGUUUUUAAAUACAUCUCAAACC